CGCUAAACUUUUAUUUCCUUUACCAAUAUACGUUCUGUGAUUAUUUAUAUUUUUGUAACUUUAAAUUACAUGACAUGACUGAAAAUAACUCUAUCCAGCUCACAAACGUGAACGUGUUAGAAAAUUCAGCAAACAAUACUAAGAAUUCGGAAAACCCACAAACUCGGAAUGCAGACAUCACUUACGGAAUUGACGACAUACCUCCAUGGUAUCUAUGUUUAUUCAUGGCAUUACAGCAUUACCUAACGAUGAUAGGUGCCAUAGUGUCGAUACCUUUCAUCUUGACACCAGCCCUUUGCAUGGCUGAGGACGAUCCCGCACGCAGCCAUAUAAUUUCAACAAUGAUCUUUGUCACGGGCAUCGUUACCUUUUUACAGACUACCAUAGGCUGUAGGCUUCCUUUAGUACAGGGUGGUACUAUAUCAUUUUUAGUGCCAACACUUGCAAUUUUAAAUUUACCGCAAUGGAAAUGUCCAGAAGCUUCAAUUUUAAAUACAAUAUCACACGAGGAAAGGACUGAAAUGUGGCAAGAGCGUAUGAGAGAACUGUCAGGUGCGAUUGCCGUUUCUGCACUUUUCCAAGUUAUUAUUGGAUAUGGUGGUAUUAUUGGAUAUAUGUUAAAAUAUGUGACUCCUUUAACAAUUGUACCGACGGUUUCAUUGGUUGGACUAUCAUUGUUUGAAAAUGCGGCGGAUGCUGCUUCAAAACAUUGGGGCAUAGCGGCUGGAACUAUUAUAAUGUUAACCCUUUACUCACAAAUUUUAGUUAAUAUUAAUUGUCCAAUACCGGUGUACAAAAAGGGUCAAGGAUUUAAAAUUGUUUGGUUCGCUUUAUUUAAACUUUUUCCAGUAUUACUUACCAUAGUAGUCAUGUGGAUUAUUUGUGCCAUCUUGACUUUUACGGAUGUGUUAGCACCAGGCCAUCCAGGAAGAGCAGAUUCCAAGUUAAAAAUUAUUAGCGAUUCGCCUUGGUUUAGGAUUCCUUAUCCUGGACAAUGGGGUACACCAACUGUAACGCUUUCUGGAGUGCUUGGUAUGCUUGCCGGUGUAUUGGCUUGUACAGUUGAGUCCAUCAGUUAUUAUCCAACAACUUCAAGAAUGUGCGGUGCACCACCGCCGCCGCUUCAUGCUAUUAAUCGUGGAAUUGGUACCGAAGGACUCGGAACAGUAUUAGCUGGGCUUUGGGGAAGUGGGAAUGGCACCAAUACUUUUGGAGAGAAUGUGGGAACUAUUGGUGUAACUAAAGUUGGAAGUCGUAGAGUAAUACAGUGGGCGUGCGUAUUGAUGAUUCUUCAAGGAAUAAUCAGUAAAUUUGGAGCAAUUUUCAUUAUUAUUCCAGAACCUAUAGUUGGUGGAAUAUUUUGCGUAAUGUUUGGAUUAAUUGCUGCUUUUGGCUUUUCAGCUCUUCAGUACAUAAAUUUAAAUUCUGCUCGUAAUCUAUACAUUCUUGGCUUCUCCGUUUUCUUUCCUUUGGUAUUGUCAAAAUCGAUGAGUAAAAAUUCUACUUUUAUAAAUACUGGAAGCGAGGUGGUGGACGAAGUGAUUACUGUACUUUUAAGCACAACAAUUCUCGUCGGAGGUGUUACGGGAUGCUUCUUAGAUAAUGUCAUACCAGGAACGGACAAAGAAAGGGGUCUCGAUGCCUGGUCAAAGGAAAUGGAGUUAAACUUUGAUAGACCGGAGGAUGACAGCGUUGAGCGAGCGAAUGCCGCAUUCGAGCCGAGUACCUUCGAUUUACCCUUCGGGAUGGAUUUAUUACGACGACGACGAUGGACGUCGUACUUACCAUUUUCGCCAACCUACAAGCCGAGGCCAUUUUUGUGCGGACGACGACCGAAGAGCAAUUAAAGAGACGCGGAGGCUCUUGUUGUUUUUUACUACGACUUUUCCGCUGCUGGUGGCGCAGGAGUACGAAUCAUUAACCGCUGUGACUUUUAAUAGUUAUGAUAUUACGAUACGUCACGACCAAGCAAUUGUGUGCGUAUUACACUUGUCGCUCCCCUUGCUUGUGUCUAUUUAUUUAUUUAUUAUUAUGAUUGUUUCUUCUUUUUUUUAAUAAAUUGAAAUUCAUAGGCAGCGAAGCACGCCGGUUUUACAUAAAACGAUUUUGAAACUGGACAAAUUCCACGCCUCCUUCCUACUGCCAAUAUCUUCAUUUCCUUUGCCACUUUGAGCUUCCUUCGUAAGGGGACGCUCGAGGCUCGCUCUCGUCUU